AUGGCUCUACUGUCUCAUCUAAACACACAAUCCCCAUCACAAACCCUAACCCUCCAACAAUUACUCCAUGGUUACCGCUUCUGUCCUGAUGAGCAAGAACUGGUCCGCGUUUUUCUUUAUCCAAAACUCACUGACCCUCUCUUCACAGCCUUUGCUCCUGUCAGAGAAUGCGACCUCUACGCCCAUCAACCCCAUCAAAUCUGGAACACCUUCCACAGGCUCCAAGGCGAAGAUUUAUUCUUCUUCACUAACCUCAAAAGGAAAACCCCCAAUUCCAAUAAUUUCAUCCGCAAAAUCGCCGGUGGCCCUGCAACAUGGCAUAGAGAGGACAAUAACCAUCAAAUCCAUGUCCCAAUUGACAGAAAUUGCUCUGUGAUUGCCGUCAGGAAAUGCUUUAGUUACCAAAACACUCAAUCUGACCAACCUGUAAGGUGCGGUUGGACAAUGUAUGAGUAUAGUUUGCCAUCUCUUUCUCAAGUCGUUGUUUUGUGCCAUCUGAGGAGGAAAGAUGCCGACGAAAACAGCCACCAAACGCAAAAAACGACCAAAAAAAGGAAGAGGGACGCUGAAGGUGUUGAUGAUGCAGCGAACACCAUAUCCCAGAAGGCCAAAGUUGAUGAAAGCAAUCAGGAGCAACAGAUUAUGGGGGCAUCAGAAAAUGUAUCUGAACUAGUUUUUAAUGAGGUGAAAUUUGACAACUUUGAGUCCUCUUCUCAUGAAGUUGUGCGGGACUUUGACGAUGAUCAGAUGGCUGUCCAUUCCAUUGCAUCUACUAAUUAUAUUGCAGCACCAACUGUAUCCGCUUCAAAUUGUGCUAAAAACUUGCAACCAGUUGCGUUCAGUGGUUGCUCUGACAAGGGAGUUGGGGUUCUGACCAUAGAAACAACAACUGAGGCUGAUCAUGAGGUUCAAGCUACAGCAGUUAGAUCGAAUCUAGUUGAAUCCCUUACAACUGAUGCGGUUGAUUCUCAUCUUGACUCUGAAGUUUCUGAUUCCAGUCUUAGCAGCCAUUGGAUAGAAUCGUUUUCGCAAAAGCUUCUGAAAGCAAAUCCUACAUGCCUGAUUCAGGAAAAUGAAGUUCAGAUGAUUCCCAAUACUCUUUAUGUGGAGUGUUUAUAUAAAUGA